GGUACCUUCCAAUGCUACGGGUCAGUCGUGAAGUGCAGGCGCUAGGUGAGUGGAGCAUCUAUGACGCUGGUCACGACGCUAGACGAGGUUCACAAGUGGGGCACGUUAAUGAACGGACCAUCAUUUUCCACCGUCAUAACUAUCGAGAUCGAUGCGGAGUUGGUGUUGUUGAUGCUGUGUUAGUUGAAGUUGGUGGUGUGUAGCGUGGUGGAGGCGCUGGAGCAGCAUUUGCAGGCGAUUCCUUGAACAUUGCUAUGUUAUAAUUAAACUUGGAUGAUCCGGGUAGAGAGAAAGCAGUUUUGGGGGGCGGGUGGGCUACAGGCAAUGCUUUUGUGUCUUUCAUCGUGAUUGCUGGUCUAGUUUCGUGUCGAAGGACGUCAAUCGGUAGACCACAGGUAAUCGACAGGCGAUGGCGGGACUGUAUUCAUUUGCAGCGUUAGCUAUGGUGUGCGCUGUUGUGGCGAGUGCCGCGACCACGCCCCCUCCUGCAGCAGAUUGCAGCGUUCCAUUCAAUGACUUGAUGCCGUGUAUCGACUACGUGAACAGCAACUCUUCGGAACCGCCAUCCACUCCUUGCUGCACGGCCUUCUCGUCGACGCAAAAGCAGCACCCCGUGUGCCUUUGUCAGCUCCAAGCAGCAUUCGCUGAUCCUGCAACUGCUCCUGGAAACGUAACGCGCGCAGAUGAGAUUUCGAAACUCUGCAAAGUGGCUGUGGAUUACAGCAAGUGCCCGGCGAUACUGGGGUUUUCUGCUCCAGCCCCAUCUCCCACAUUGCACAGCCCACCGCCUCAUCAAUUUCCUCCUAAUACACCUACGAUCAGCCCCAUUCACGCUCCUACUCCGGCACCAGGUCCCGUGCCUUUAAAAGGAUCGGACUACGAUUGCUCCAACUCGACCGGUGAGCUUGCGAACUGCUUGGAAUUCGUCAGCGGCGAUGGCAAAGCACCACCACCAAAAGAAUGCUGCACGGCAAUUGGGAGCGUCCAGGCGAGAGAACCGGUUUGCAUCUGCCAGCUUUUCUCUCAAAUGAACGACAGCGCUCAAUAUGGGAUCAACGCAACCCUGGCGCAGAGCCUGCCGCAGCUAUGUAAGGUUUCCGCGGACAUGUCUCGGUGUCCGGCAUUGCUCGACAGUCCCAUCGGCAGUAUCCUUGCACCAUCACCCUUCAGUCCUGCCACUGCACCAGUGGCUCCCUGGCUCGGGCCCACCCCAGCCCAUGCUCCAAUCCUAUCGCCCUCGUCUCCAGCUCCCACCCCAGUCAGUGAAUCCGUCGACUGUUCGAACGAAUUCGCGUCGUUACAGUCAUGCCUCGCGUAUGCCAUGGCCAACGACACGACUCCCCCCACGCCGGAAUGCUGCACAUCCCUUGGGGCCGUCGUGAAGAAUAAACCGGUGUGUCUGUGCCAGCUCUUGCAGACAGUCGGAAGUGGCGACCCUGCGACUGCAGGUAUCAAUGCUACUCGAGCUCUCGGCCUCCCCGCCGUCUGCGACGUUAUUACUGACGUUGAUGCAUGUCCUACUCUCCUUGGACAACCCGUUUCUUCCCCACUUCCGUCAGCUCCUUCGGAUGGCGGAUCGCCGUCUCCAACCGGCGCUGAUGAUUCUGCUGGCGAAGCUCCGGCGCCGGCCAGAUCGGCUAGCGAGUCUUUGAGGGUCACUUCAGCACUGGGGUUUGCGACAGUGCUCUUGGGGUUUAUCCUGGAAGCGUUUCGGGGUGCAGAUUACUAAAGUCGAAGAUCUUCGACUCACCAACAGCAAACGAAGAGGACUUUGCGUCUUGUUAACUCAAACCUGUCACAAUCCUAAGUUUUAGAUCACAACGUCGAGUGAUUUCACAUUGCAAGAGGCUGAUGUAGAGUGCUCACAGAUUUUGUGCGUCGCUUGUUACUGCUGCUGCGACGACAAAACUACAGAUUCUUUGCUGCGUAGAAAAUAGUUAUUGAAUCUUUUGAAAGGCCGGCAGGCCAAAAAAUUGUUUAUUGACACUGUCAAGACGGUGGUAGGGAAAAGGAAUGGAAAGGGCCACCGCACCGUUGCGCAACACGGCUUUCAUGGCGUAUGUCUGUAAAAUCCAUCUAAUCCUAAAUAAACACUGAAUUGCUUGUUCAGUCUCCAUUUUGCGA